AUGACGCCCAGCACGCUCAGCAUCGUCGUCAAGAACAACACGUCGGCGCCGCAGCUCUACGCCUUCGUCACCGGCACGGCCGCCCAGGGCAUCUUCUUCCUGCGCUCCGACGGCGUCACGCCCUACUACCCGGCAUCGCCCUCGUCGACGCUGCAGCCGCUGUCGCAGAACUGCGCCGUGGCGGUGGGCGGGCCGGGCCAGAGCCGCUCGCUGACGGUGCCGCAGCUGGCCGGCGCGCGCAUCUGGUUCAGCCAGGCCAAGCCGCUGACGUUUCUGCUGAACCCGGGCCCGGCCGUCGUCGAGCCGUCGAGCACCAACGUCGCGGACCCAAACUACGGCGUGCAGUGGGCGUUUUGCGAGUUUACGCUGAACACCUCGGAGCUGUACGUCAAUGUGUCGUAUGUCGACUUCUUCAGCAUUCCCGUGUCGCUGCAGCUGGAGAAUGGGAGCGGCAAGGUGACGAGCGUGCCGGGGAUGCCAAAGGGGGCGCUGGAUUCGAUUUGCUCGCAGUUGAAGGCGCAGGCGGCCAAAGACGGUGCUGGGUGGGACAAGCUGGUGAUUCAGAACGGGGGCAGCAACUUGCGUGCGCUGAGUCCCAAUUCGGGCAGCGUCAUGUUUCCGGGCCUGUUCAAUAACUACUACCAGCCGUACGUGGACGCCGUGUGGAAGAAGUACCAGACGACGAACCUCACGGUCAACACGCAGUUCCAGGACUGGGGCAACGUCGUCGGGCGCGUGGACUCGUCAGGAAAGAACUUGGUCUUUCCGUCUGGCUACGGCAGCUUUGCGAAGCCGGCCGCCGUGGAUAUCUUUUCGUGCGACUCGGGGCCCUUUGCGGGCGGUUCCGGCGUGACGGCGCAGCAGCUGAAUGUCGGGGCGAGGCUGGCGGCGGCGCUGAACCGCUCGACGCUGCUGAAUGGCGGGCAGCAGCCGGAGGGCGAGGACGUGAGCCAGUAUUACACGGAGAAGGUGACGAACCACUAUUCGCGGAUAUGCCAUGCGGUGAGCGUGGGCGGGAGGGGGUAUGCGUUUCCGUAUGAUGAUGUUGGGAAGACGGGGGGAGUGGACCAGAGCGGGUUUUUGAGUGAUGGGAAUCCGAAGGUGUUGACGAUUGGCGUUGGGGGGCCUUUGUGA